GCCAGGGCCGCUUUCCCCAUCGUUAUAUGUGUCGUGAGUGGAACAUUUUAUGACGUCACACGCACGUCACUAUCGUCGGCUGUAGAGACGCUUCGGGCUGUGGUUAAUUGUGAAAAAUCAUUGAUGUAAUCCAUAAUAAUUUUUCUGGUAUUUCAGUCUUUGUUUUCGAAGCACUCAGCUUAUCCGUGUGGUGUAAAUACCGUCUCUCAGCAAAAUAAUUGUUAGUGCAACGGAAGAUGCCUUGGCUUCCAAAAUGGAAAAUGGUGCCCUCCUUGCCAGAAAAAUCUGGCGCCCCAUUUUGGAGGGCCUGGUGCGAUGAGCCGAGCACCUCUCGAGGGACAGCUGAUGCUGGUAAUGGCGAAGCUGGAGAUAUGGCAGAUGGUGUCCCAUCCCCAGGCCUCAGAGGUUCAGUAGAGAACUCGAAGAAGUCAAACGAUGAGAUUGGAUACGAGUCUCAGAAGAAGAAACAGCACGGCCGUGGAGCAUCGCACACACCUGCAGGAGCUCCAGAUGAAGCUGGUGACAGAGAAGACGUUCCUGGAUCGUCCAGCUACGAGCCACGCACCGAAUGUGCUGCUGCAGCACCUGGCCUGCAGCAGCACAGUCUCACGGAACAUUCUGCUGCAGCACCUGACCUGCUGCAGCACAGUCUCACGGAACAUUCUGCUGCAGCACCUGACCUGCAGCAGCACUGUCUCAUGGAACAUUCUGCUGCAGCACCUGACCUGCAGCAGUACAGUCCCACGGAACUUUCAUUCAUCAUUCAUCAUUCUGGCCGUGAAGAAGCAAAGGCAUCAUCGCGUAAAAAUAUCAGGAACCACAUGCCAUGA